AUGACGAGAGUGAACAGUACGUACAUUCAUUGUGGUUCAGAAGAGAAAAACUAUAUCCGUAUCACUAGAAGUUUAAAUCGAGGCAAUUUUUUGGAGAUUCUCAAAUGGGCAGCACAGACUGAUCCUAUAGUGCAGUCAAUUUUUCAAGAUUCCACGAGCAAUGCUACUUACUUAAGUCAUGACAUUCAAAACGAAAUAAUUCAUAUAAUGAGUAGUCAAAUUCGCGAAGAUAUUGCUUUCAUGUUGACUAACUGUAAUUAUGCAUUAAUGGCCGAUGAAUGUCGAGAUAUAAGUGACAGACAGCAACUAUCCAUUGUUAUUAGAUUUGUUCGUGGUGUUAAUGAUCGUAAAAUUGACGCUUUAAGUGUUGUGAAGGAAUGUUUUCUUGGCUCCGUUGCAUUAGAUGAAUUCGAUGCUGAAACAUUAGCCAACAAGAUUGUUGACUUUUUAAAAAGUUUAAAUAUUUCUUUAGAUUCAUGCAUCUGUUGA